CAGUAACGACGGGAAAGAGUAUCCGAAGCUGCCGAUCAGCGUUCCGUAACUUUCGUCAAUCGCCAAUCUUUGAAGAUCGCAAACAUGCUGCCUUAUGUGACAGAUUGAUUGGUUUCGAUCAGCAGAAAAGACUGAACAGGCGGUAUGAUGAACAGCAUUGAAAAGCCAUAUCCAGCCCUAUGUAACAGAUUGAGUAUUGGGUCUCUGGUAGAGAGCGGGAUCGCGGUCACACGACCAACGGUACAAUCAAGAGUACGGUAUGAUGAGACAAGACGGGAGGACUUCGGGGGAGACAGCACCCGCUGGCCGACGACUGACGAUCCGGUCUUGGUUGUUCGGAAUGUUGACGAUCACAAGCAAGUCGGCUAUAUGCAAGACCACCGAGAACUUCAUCUCGUGCGCGCGCACCUUUUCUCCGUCUCGUACGCGUUGUUUUAUCCAUCAACCUUCUUAUUCCAGACACCCCAAGAGACCGGUCCAAAUUGCAGCGACAUCAAAGGAUCGCGUGCGCAGGAUCGCGGAAUUGAAGCCAUUUGCAAUUUUCCACAUGAUCUUCACCAGGAUACUGGCUGGGGUGGUGGGCUUUGUCUUCAAUUUAUCCUAGCACACCUAGCCACGCACGGUGUCCUUUUCGCAUCAUCAACUUUCUCGCUAGACCCGGUUCUCACCCUAGUUGGUUUCGAAACAAACGUCGUUACCUAGCACGCUUAGUGACGCAGGGACCAAAAUUGUGCGCUGGCAAGGAUAUGCAAAAACAUGAAACAGCCGCUUCUUAGCUUCGGAGGUGGGAGAGCAUAAGAUGAAUUGAGGCGUUGAGGGAUGAAGGAGGAGGAUCAAGGGAAGACGCGAGAUGAGGGAGGAUCGCGUGGGUAUGGCAACGCCACGAACAUGCCGCGUGUGUGUGUGCCGCGGAGUGCUGAAGGCGGAAGGUAGAGGAGUUGAUGAAGAGAUGCCGCGUGUGUGCCGUCGUGGCUAGGAAGGGAAAUGUACGCGGCAGAUGUGACGAUGAUGAUGGCGUGGCGACGCGGUCGUUGAGCAACCAUCUUGUUCCAUAGCGGGAAAAGCGCGUGA